CCAUUCGUCCAACAUCACUGCACCUGUUCAUCACCACAGCAAAGAUGACAUCAGCCUUUCUUUUUGCUUUGGGCCUCUGUUUGGCCAGCGUACUGGUGACUGGAGGUUGGUUGGCAUUUCUGGUGUUUUUAAAUGAAGAGCCCUGCUGUCCUUUUGGUUGGACCAAGUUUGGCUCUCGCUGUUUCAACUUCAACUAUAACUCAAAGAUUUGGGCUGACGCAGAGCGCACCUGCAUUUCCUUCGGUGGGAAUCUGGCCUCGGUGCACAGUCUGGAGGAGCUCAAUUUGCUCAAAGCUUGGAUGAAUCGAGUUACUAGCCACCUUGCACAAACCUGGAUUGGGGGCCAUGAUGCAGUAAAGGAGGGUGUGUGGCUGUGGAGCGAUGGAUCAAGUUUAAACUUCACGCAGUGGGCUCAUGGGCAGCCAAACAACAGUGGAGAUGAAGACUGUGUGGAGAUACUCUGGCGAUCAAGCACCUGGUAUGAUUCGAAGUGCACACAUAGCAGGCCUUUUAUAUGCGCCAAGAGACUGUGAUGUGCUGCCAUAUCAGCUGUGAAGACAUGAAGACAUGACUCCACCACAGCUGGAAGCUCAACUGCCAGUUACUAUUCACUUCAAAAAUCAAUCAGUUUUGGGUUUUUUUUCCUCAA